AAAUCGUAAAGCUUCCACUCUUAAAAGUCGUUUCAUUGCAAAUACAUACUUUAUAAAAUUGUAUUUUUUUUUGGCCGGUAGAGAUUCGAUCGAUAGAAUUAUACUGAGGGUCACCUUGAAGUGUUAUUUGAAUUUGAGUGAAGUAUAAGGUCUCGUUAUACUUCAAGUUGAUCGCUAUUUAUUUUCUAAUAAAUUUAUUUAAAAAAGAUAAAUAUGGGAGGAAAAUGGUCAAGUAUGGAUCCUUCUGAAGUCGAAGUUCCAGAAAUAAAUGCUUUAUUGGAAAGAGAUCCAUACCUAAAACCUUAUGAAAAUGAGAUUCGCAAAAGAUAUGCUUUAUUUAAAGACUAUGUAGAAAAAGUGGAAACCGGCGAUGGCACUUUGGAUAAAUUUUCAGAAGGUUAUAAAACUUUUGGAAUUCAUAUAAAAGAAGACAAUAGUGUUAUUGCUAAAGAAUGGGCACCAGGUGCACAAGAAUUAUUUUUAAUGGGAGAUUUCAAUGGUUGGAAUAAGACAGCUAAUUCAUACAAAAAAUUGGAUUAUGGUAAAUGGGAAUUACAUUUACCUCCUAAUGCUGAUGGUAGUUGCCCUAUAAAACAUCUUUCAGAAGUCAAAAUAAUUGUAAAAGAUCAUAACAAUGAAUUAUUGGAACGAUUAAGCCCUUGGGCUACAUAUGUUACACAAAAUCGAGCAGAAAGUGUUACAUAUAAACAACGUAUAUGGCAUCCAUCAUCUGAAAAUGUUUAUAAAUUUAAAUAUUCCAAACCAAAAAAGCCAGUAAGUCUCAGAAUAUAUGAAUGUCAUGUUGGUAUUGCCACUCAAGAAUUGAAAGUUGGCACAUAUUUAGAAUUUGCUGAAAAAAUAAUUCCUCGCAUUGUAAGACAAGGCUAUAAUACUAUUCAAUUGAUGGCUAUUAUGGAGCAUGCCUAUUAUGCAAGUUUUGGAUAUCAGGUGACUUCAUUUUAUGCUGCUUCAUCUCGUUAUGGUACACCAGAAGAAUUAAAGCAGUUAAUAGAUACAGCACAUCAACAUGGUUUAUAUGUUUUAUUGGACAUGGUGCAGUCACAUGCAUCAAAGAAUACAUUAGAUGGAUUAAAUAUGUUCGAUGGUACCGACGCUUGUUUCUUCCAUACUGGUAAUCGUGGUCAACAUCCGCUUUGGGACAGUCGACUUUUUAAUUAUGGAGAAUACGAAGUGUUGCGAUUUUUACUUUCCAACUUACGUUGGUACAUUGAGGAAUAUAAUUUUGAUGGAUUUAGAUUCGAUGGAGUUACAUCAAUGUUAUAUCAUUCAAGAGGAUUUGGGCAAGGUUUUAGUGGCCACUAUGACGAAUAUUAUGGUCUUAAUGUUGAUGUUGAAGGUGUAGUAUAUUUAAUGCUUGCAAAUCAUAUGCUGCAUUGUUUGUAUCCAGAAAUUGUUACAAUAGCUGAAGAUGUUAGUGGAAUGCCUGGGGUUUGCAGGCCAAUUACUGAAGGCGGCAUAGGAUUUGAUUAUAGAUUAGCUAUGGCUAUUCCUGAUAAAUGGAUUAAACUUUUAAAAGAGGUGAAAGAUGAAGAUUGGAGUAUUGGAGAUAUUUGUUGGGCAUUAAGUAAUCGAAGAUGGAUGGAAAAAACAGUGGCUUAUUCAGAAUCUCAUGAUCAAGCUCUUGUAGGUGAUAAAACAAUUGCAUUUUGGCUUAUGGACAAAGAAAUGUACACGCAUAUGAGUAUAACGAGUCCACCUAACCCAAUCAUAAGUCGUGGAAUUGCUCUUCAUAAUCUUAUCACAUUAAUUACACACGGAUUGGGAGGUGAAGGUUACUUAAAUUUUAUGGGUAAUGAGUUUGGACAUCCGGAAUGGUUGGAUUUUCCACGAGCUGGCAAUGCAGAUAGUUACCAUUAUGCUAGGAGACAGUGGAAUUUAGUAGAUGAUGAGUUACUAAAAUACAAAUUUAUGAAUAAUUGGGAUCGUACUAUAAAUACUCUUGAAGAAAAAUAUGGAUGGUUGCAUGCAGGCCCUGCAUAUGUAAGUUGGAAACACGAAGAGGACAAAGUAAUUGUUUUUGAUCGAGCAGAACUUAUAUUUGUGUUUAAUUUUCAUCCAAUCAAAUCAUUUCCUGAUUAUACUAUUGGAGUAAAAAAUGCAGGAACUUAUAAGGUUCUAUUAUGUAGUGAUGAUAAAGAUUUUGGUGGGGAAAAUCGUGUUGAUACUAAUGUACAACAUUUUACCAAACCAGAGCCAUUUUCUAAUUAUUCAAAUAAUAUGAUGAUUUACAUUCCUUGUCGUACAGCUAUUAUUUAUGUUCGAGAAACUUAAGAGCUUUACAGAGGCAUAGCCAGAGGAAGAAUUGACUUUAGUGUUAUAUAUAAAUAAAAGUUACUAUUUUUCCUACCAAAGUUUAGAUCAAUAUAUAGUGUUAAGUAAAAGAAAACAAAA